AUGCCCACCGACAGGCCCCGGGGGACCUCGCCGGCACCAGGACCCCCCGGGAUGAUGCCCCCGGGCCUUGCGCCUCGUGCCUCGGGCUCGGCCGCCCGCCUCGCGCGCCCCCCUUCAACCACCCACUCCGUCCGCCGGAGCGGCCAACUCCCCCGCCCGCGCCAACUGGCACCCCAUGCCCCCUUCCCCAUCCCCCCUCUGUGGGGCCCGAAGCCCCGCCGGCGGCCCCCUCACCCCGGGGCUGAGGGACUGAGGACCGCCCGUGGCGCGUGGUGGCGUGGCCGGCGGGGCGCCGGAGGGUCCUGCUGCGAGGGUCCUGCUGCGAGGGUCACCCUGCCAGGGCCCCCACUGUCAGAUCCCCCGCCGCCCCGGCACUCACACAACGCAACGCAACCACAGUCACGGAUCCUCAAUCCCCCAACCCCGGACCGCUGGGCCCAGGUCGCUUCUACACAGACUCACCGACCCCAUUUGGGGUGUAAAAAUCCAAAAUGCAGUUAA